AUGGCAUCCCAGGUGCCCCCUGUGCCCCCUGGUCCCUCCACACCUCCAUUGCUGGUACCCCCUGGCCCGGAAAGCCUGCGCCCCUUCACCCGAGAGUCCCUGGCUGCCAUUGAGCGGCGAGCGGAGGAAGAAGCAGCCCGGCAGCAACGCAACAAGCAUCUGGAGGUCGAGGAGCAGGAGCGGAAACCCCGGAGAGACCUGGAGGCUGGGAGAAACCUGCCACUCAUCUAUGGGGACCCUCCCCCUGAGACCAUCGGCACCCCUCUGGAGGACCUGGAUCCCUUCUACUGUGACAAGAAGACAUUCAUCGUGCUGAACAAGGGACGGGCUAUAUUCCGUUUCUCGGCGACCCCGGCCUUGUAUCUGCUCAGCCCCUUCAGCCUGAUCCGGAGAGGAGCCAUCCGUGUGCUUAUCCACUCGCUGUUCAGCCUUUUUAUCAUGAUCACCAUCCUGGCUAACUGUGUGUUCAUGACCUUGAGUGACCCUCCGUCCUGGGCCAAGAUGGUGGAGUACACAUUCACGGGCAUCUACUCCUUUGAGUCCCUCAUCAAGAUGCUGGCCAGGGGCUUCUGCAUUGAUGACUUCACUUUCCUGCGGGACCCUUGGAACUGGCUGGACUUCAGUGUCAUCAUGAUGGCGUACCUCACAGAGUUUGUGGACAUGGGGAACAUCUCUGCGCUGCGGACCUUCCGUGUGCUGCGGGCCCUGAAGACCAUCACAGUGAUUCCAGGGCUGAAGACCAUCGUCGGGGCCCUGAUCCAGUCCGUGAAGAAGCUGUCAGACGUCAUGAUCCUCACUGUGUUCUGUCUCAGCGUGUUUGCGCUUGUUGGUCUGCAGCUCUUCAUGGGGAACCUGCGCCAUAAAUGCGUGCGUUGGCCGCCCCCCAUUAAUGAGACCCUGCAGUUCUAUGGUCCCAUCUGGGGCAACGGAACUGGCUAUGACAAUGGCACCGGCUAUGACAAUGGCAUCAUCUACGACAAUGGCACUGGUUACGACAACGGCACCGGGUACCUCAACGAGUCAUGGUACAGCAACUACACCUUUGACUGGGACUCAUACAUCAAUGAUGAAGGAAACUUCUACUUUCUGGAGGGAUCCAAUGAUGCCUUGCUCUGCGGGAACAGCAGCGACGCUGGGCACUGCCCAGAGGGAUAUCUGUGCAUGAAGGCGGGGAGGAACCCCAACUACGGCUACACCAGCUACGACACCUUCAGCUGGGCUUUCCUGGCGCUCUUUCGCCUGAUGACGCAGGACUACUGGGAGAACCUCUUCCAGCUGACCCUGCGAGCUGCUGGGAAAACCUACAUGGUGUUCUUCGUGAUCAUCAUCUUCCUUGGCUCCUUCUACCUCAUCAAUCUGAUCCUGGCCGUGGUGGCCAUGGCCUAUGCAGAGCAAAAUGACGCCACCCUGCUGGAGGAGCAGGAGAAGGAGGAGGAGUAUCAGCAGCUCUUGGCCCAGCUGAAAAAGCACCAGGAAGAACAGGAUAAAUCAGUGAGUUCCUCUGGGGCCGGAUCACGGGACUGGAUAUCUGGGGAUGGACCACUGGGGCUGGGAAGCUGGAGCUGGGCCACCAGUACUGGGCUGCUGGGGCUGGGUGACUGGGACUGGGCCACUGUAGCUGAAUCACUGGGACUAGGUAACUGGGGCUGCACCACCAAGGCUGGACUACUGGGGCUGGAUGGCUGGGCUGAGCUGCGGUUUAACCAGAUGCAUGGGUCCAAGGGCAGCUCCCUGGGCAGCAGCGCUGUGGGGAAGAAGCUGGGUGCCGAGGCCACCCUGGAGAAUGGAGAUGGAGAUCCAGCCCAGAGGAAAGACUGCAAUGGGGGGCUGGAACAGGAGCCCUCUGAGAGCCUCUUCGUACCCGAUCUCUCCCUGCAGGCAAAGGCUCCUGGGGGGCAGGACCAGCUCCCCCUGAGUGCCCAGAGCCCUCCAGAGGCACCUGGUACCCAGAAGCAGAGCAACAGCACUGACAGCGGCAUCUCUGACGCCAUGGAAGAGCUGGAAGAGGCCCACCAGAAGUGCCCGCCCUGGUGGUACCGCUGUGCGCACACCCUGUUGGUGUGGAACUGCUGUGGGCCUUGGGUGCGGCUGAAGCGGCUGGUGCGGCUCAUCGUCAUGGACCCCUUCGUGGACCUGGGUAUCACCAUCUGCAUUGUCCUCAACACCCUGUUCAUGGCCAUGGAGCACUACCCCAUGACUGCCCACUUUGAGAACAUGCUGACCGUUGGUAACCUGGUGUUCACCGGGAUCUUCACAGCCGAGAUGGUCCUGAAGCUGGUGGCCCUGGACCCGUACGAGUACUUCCAACAGGGCUGGAACGUCUUUGACAGCAUCAUCGUCACACUCAGCCUGGUGGAGCUGGGCCUGGCCGAUGUGCAGGGCCUCUCCGUGCUCCGCUCCUUCCGCCUGAUGCGCGUGUUCAAGCUGGCCAAAUCGUGGCCGACACUGAACAUGUUGAUCAAGAUCAUCGGGAACUCGGUGGGAGCACUGGGGAACCUGACGCUGGUGCUGGCCAUCAUCGUCUUCAUCUUCGCUGUGGUCGGCAUGCAGCUGUUCGGCAAGAGCUACAAGGAGUGUGUGUGCAAGAUUGCUGCCGACUGCAGCCUGCCGCGCUGGCACAUGCACGACUUCUUCCACUCCUUCCUCAUCGUCUUUCGCAUCUUGUGUGGCGAGUGGAUCGAAACCAUGUGGGACUGCAUGGAGGUGGCUGGCCAGGCCAUGUGCCUCACCGUCUUCCUCAUGGUCAUGGUCAUCGGCAACCUGGUGGUGCUGAACCUGUUCCUGGCGCUGCUGCUGAGCUCGUUCAGCGCGGACAGCCUGACGGCCUCCGACGACGACGGGGAGAUGAACAACCUGCAGAUCGCCAUCGGGCGCAUCACCCGCGGCGUCGACCUGGCCAAGCAGGCGGUGCUCGGGCUCCUGCGCUGCCGGGGCUCCGCGGGCGCGGCGGGCCAAGACCCCCCUCCGGGGGACGGCGGCGCGGGGGACCAAGAGCCGCCCGGGGGAGAGGAUGGGCCGCUGGGCAAAGACGACCACGUCCUCAACCACGUGGAGCCGGGGCCGGAGCCGACCGGCUGCAGGAGCCAAGGGCCCGCCCGGCCGCCCGGCAACCUGAUCCCACUGGACCCGCUGGGCCACCUGAACUUCAUCAACGACCCCUACCUGACCAUCCAGGUGCCCAUAGCCUCCGAGGAGUCCGACCUCGACUUCCCCACGGAGGAGGAGACCGACACCCUGUCCGAGCCCGAGGAGGCCCAGGUGAACCGGAGCGCUCGGAACUCCUCGGUGGGCAGCACUGCCGACUACCAUCCACCUGCCGAGGAGAAGGAGGAGGAGGCCGAGGAGAACGCGGAAGGAGAGCUGCCCGAGGAAUGCUUCACUGAGGCCUGUGUGAAACGGUUUCCCUUCCUGUACGUGGAUGUGACCACUGAUCGUGGCCGGAUCUGGUGGGACCUGAGGAAGGCCUGCUUCAGGAUCGUCGAGCACAACUGGUUCGAGUCCUUCAUCGUCUUCAUGAUUCUGCUGAGCAGUGGCGCCCUGGCCUUCGAGGAUAUCUACAUCGAACAGCGCAAGGUGAUCCGCACCAUCCUGGAGUAUGCGGACAAGGUCUUCUCCUACGUCUUUGUCCUGGAGAUGCUGCUCAAGUGGGUGGCCUAUGGCUUCAAGGUCUAUUUCACCAAUGCCUGGUGCUGGCUCGACUUCCUCAUUGUGGACGUGUCCAUCAUCAGCCUUGUGGCCAACUGGUUGGGCUACUCCGAGCUGGGGGCUAUCAAGUCUCUACGGACCCUGAGGGCCCUGCGGCCGCUGAGGGCACUGUCCAGAUUUGAAGGCAUGAGGGUGGUGGUGAACGCGCUGCUGGGGGCCAUCCCAUCCAUCAUGAACGUGCUGUUGGUCUGCCUCAUCUUCUGGCUCAUCUUCAGCAUCAUGGGGGUCAACCUGUUCGCCGGCAAGUACUACCGCUGCAUUAACACCACCACCUCCGAGGUGCUGCCCCUCAGCGUGGUCAACAACUACUCGGACUGCAUGCAGCUGCUGCCCACCGGGGAGGUGCGCUGGGUCAAUGUCAAGGUCAACUUCGACAACGUGGGCCUCGGCUACCUGUCCCUGCUGCAGGUGGCCACCUUCAAAGGCUGGAUGGACAUCAUGUACGCGGCCGUGGACUCCCGUGAGAUCGAGGAACAGCCUGAGUAUGAGAUAAACCUCUACAUGUACAUCUACUUCGUCAUCUUCAUCAUCUUUGGGGCCUUUUUCACUCUCAACCUCUUCAUCGGUGUUAUCAUUGACAACUUCAACCAGCAGAAGAAGAAGUUUGGGGGGAAGGACAUCUUCAUGACGGAGGAGCAGAAGAAGUACUACAAUGCCAUGAAGAAACUCGGCUCCAAGAAGCCCCAGAAGCCUAUUCCUCGGCCCCAGAACAAGGUUCAGGGGAUGGUGUAUGACUUUGUGACCAAGCAGGUGUUUGACAUCACAAUCAUGGUGCUGAUCUGCCUCAACAUGGUCACCAUGAUGGUGGAGACGGAUGACCAGAGUCAGCUGAAAAUCGACAUCCUCUACAAUGUCAACAUGGUCUUCAUCAUCAUCUUCACGGGGGAAUGCGUGCUCAAGAUGUUCGCACUGCGGCAGUACUAUUUUACCAUUGGCUGGAACAUCUUCGACUUCGUUGUGGUCAUCCUGUCAAUUGUGGGCCUGGCCCUCUCGGACCUGAUCCAGAAGUACUUUGUGUCACCCACGCUCUUCCGGGUGAUCCGCCUGGCAAGGAUCGGGCGUGUGCUACGGCUGAUCCGUGGAGCUAAGGGCAUCCGGACAUUGCUGUUCGCCCUGAUGAUGUCGCUGCCGGCCCUGUUCAACAUCGGUCUGCUGCUCUUCCUGGUCAUGUUCAUCUACUCCAUCUUCGGCAUGUCCAACUUUGCCUACGUCCGGCACGAGUCCGGCAUCGACGACAUCUUCAACUUCGAGACCUUCGGCAACAGUAUGAUCUGCCUGUUCCAGAUCACCACGUCGGCCGGCUGGGAUGGGCUCCUGAACCCCGUGCUCAACAGCGGCCCCCCGGAUUGUGACCCCACCCUGGAGCACCCAGGCAGUGCCGUCCGGGGUGAUUGUGGAAACCCCUCCAUGGGCAUCUGCUUCUUCUGCAGUUACAUCAUCAUCUCCUUCCUGAUUGUGGUCAACAUGUACAUCGCCAUCAUCCUGGAGAACUUCAGCGUGGCCACGGAGGAGAGCACCGAGCCACUGAGCGAGGACGACUUCGAGAUGUUCUAUGAGACCUGGGAGAAGUUCGACCCCGACGCCACCCAGUUCAUCACCUACGACCGCCUCUCUGACUUCGUGGACACGCUGCAGGAGCCUUUGCGCUUGGCCAAGCCCAACCGGAUCAAGCUAGUCACGCUGGACCUGCCCAUGGUGCCUGGAGACAAAAUCCAUUGCCUGGACAUCCUGUUCGCCCUGACCAAGGAGGUGCUGGGUGACUCAGGAGAGAUGGACACGCUGAAGCAGACCAUGGAGGAGAAGUUCAUGGCGGCCAACCCAUCCAAGGUGUCCUACGAGCCCAUCACCACCACCCUGCGACGCAAACACGAGGAGGUGUGUGCCACCAAGAUCCAGCGGGCCUUCCGCCGGCACCUGCUGAGGCGCACUGUCAAGCAGGCCUCCCACCUCUACCGGCAGCAGCAGGACGGGGCCGGGACCCCCGAGGCCCCCGAGACUGAGGGACUCAUCGCCGACACCAUGAGCAGGAUGUAUGGGCCUGGGGGGGGGCCCGGAGGAGCCCGCCACCAUCCCCGCUGCCCCCACCAUGGCAGAGGGACAGGGGAAGCGCAGGGGUCAUCUGGGGGUCAUGGAGUCCCUCGUCUGAAGUUCUGGGGACAGACAUUCUCCCUGCUCUGCCCCAGUUGGGGCUGGGUCCCUUCCCGCUGGCCAGACCGCAGGCUUAGAAGUGUGAGUGCACCACGCUAGGGCUGCCGGGGGUAGAGGCCAGGGUGGACGGUGGAGAUGGAGGUUGGGGUGGAGGCCAGGGUGGAGUGGAGUUUGGGGAUGGAGGCCGGGAUUGGAUGUCAGGGGUGGAGGCCAGGGGAGGACCCCAGUCAGGCCUCUGGCCCUGAUCCAGCUGAGGUUGGGACCUAUGGGCUCUCACGAUUGGCAUGAAAUGUCCAUUCACCUAGGGGAGAAGUUGGGUGAGUUUCAGAUGAGUUGUUUGGGGACAGCCCCGGGCCCGCUGGUUCUGCUGGCCAGGCUGGUCCUCUUUCUCUCCCCUCCCUACCACUCCGUCUCUUGCGCAAAGUUUCACUGCCACUAGUUUCACGGCCACUGUUUUCUGGGAGGUGCCGCUCCGUGGCACCGGGGUGUCCAAAGGGCACAGUUGAGGCCCAAAGAGACCCAGCCUUCCGCUGGAGCUGCUGACCACCCUCCCACCCCAAGCCCAGACUGCCCCUGCCUACCUUCCCAGAGCCCAGAUUGUCCCACCGCUCCUCUCCACCCCUCCCCUCCAUCCCUCCCAGCCCCUCUGCUUCCCUGUCCAGGUGGGAGGUCAGGUUCACUGCCUCGGACUCUUUUGGGUUCAUUGCCCCUGGCUAGAUGAGUCCUCGGGGUCAGUGCUGAGCCCUGCAACUCAUGCUUCACUAGCCAACGCGGCCUCUCCCACAGAAGCGGGAGAAGCAAUCAGGAGCAGAGCCCCAGGCUGGACCGUUGGAGAAACUGGCUAUCCACCUCUUGGAACGUGCCAAGUCAGGAGUGGCGGGAGGCGCAGUGCCGGGCUGUGGCCCGGUGGUGGGGAUGGACAGUU